AUGGCCCCACACAUAUUUCCAACGGAUGAAGAGCUGGGGAAGCGGGAUGAUGACUACGCUCCUGGCAGCAAAUCUUCGCAAGCCUGGCGUAACAUUCCCUACAACUACCGUCGCCGUCGCGUUGCCGUCAUCAUAGGUGCUGCGCUUUUCGUGUGGCUGCUCCUGCACAUAAUCUAUAGUGGCGAUCCAGACUACGUGGUAUACGAUGCGUCGAACCCUCCGAAGCCGGUCAGACCAAACGGACCACCACCGAAGGUCGUCGACGAUACCGACGAGGCGGCGCGGCAGCACUACUACAACGGCCAUAUUAAAUUCUUUGAGCUGGGCGAUUCUCUGCACAAGAUAAGCGGAACGAGCGGGAUGCGGGAUAAGAAUCGCAAUGUAUUGUUCGCCGCCUCAAACCUGAAGAGCGUGUCGGCGCUGCUUCCCCUGGCUUGCGAAAUGGGAAAGUGGAACCGGAACCAUGUGCACUUUGCCAUCAUGGGUCGGUACGACAUUUUCUUGGAUGAUAUUCUCGAGGUGAAUGGUGUUGAUCGCGAGGGAUGCGACGUCCACUGGCACGACGCUCGCCCAGAUUAUGUGACAUUUAGCUCCGAUGCCCGAGCCGAGGCUGUCGUUGCCGCAGCCAUGGGCCAUAUCCACACUUUCAUGCAUCCACAAGUCGUUAUAACCGAUGACUCCGCCAGAGAGGACACGUUCUUUACCAAGGGACUUCGAAGAAAGACUGGAGCCCGCCACCUACCAGUUAUAGAGAUCCCUCAGGGUCGUGCGGAUAGCCUGGAGUGGCUCACUCGUCUCGACUCUAGCUCACUGAGAGCAUGGCAUACUCCCAGCGUUGAUAUCCUCAUCCAUGCACCUCCCAAGUCUUCGGGAUCGCUUCUCCGCCUGCUUCAGUCCAUCCAGAAUGCUGACUACUCUGGGCUGACUCCUCCUCGAAUCACCAUCGAGCUGCCCCCUGACAUAGACCCUCCAUCAAAGUGGUUUCUCGAGCGCAUGGCCUGGCCUCCAUCGCUAAAGGAGCCCUUCUUGACGCCUCGCCAGAACGGACUCAUCCUGCGACACCGCAUUCCGGACCAGCAAAUCUCAUCCGACGAGGCAGCAGUGCGCUUCCUCGAGUCCUUCUACCCCUCUCUCGGCUCCCACGUCCUGCUCCUCGCACCAAACGCCCAACUCUCUCCCCUCUACUACCACUACCUCAUGUUCCACCUCCUCGAGUACCGCUACUCGGGCUUCGCCGCCACCGACAACGACCACCUCCUCGGCAUCAGCCUCGAGCUCCCCUCGCACCACCUCAACGGCACCACGGCCCUCGAGCCGCCGACCGCGGAAUCCCUCCACGGCGAGCGCUACGGGCCCGCGAAAAGCCGCCACCCGGACGCCGCCGUGCCCUUCACGUGGCAGGCCCCCAACAGCAACGCCGCCCUCUAUUUUGGCGACAAGUGGGCCGAGCUGCACUCGUUCCUGACCAACCGCCUGCGCGCGUUCCGCCUGCAGCCGCACCCCGUGCCGCGCCCGCGCACCGUCCACGAGAGCUUGCCGGCGUGGCUCGAGUACUUCCUCGAGCUGAUGCGCGCGAGGGGUUAUUCGCUGCUGUAUCCGGGCUUGGCCGACUCGUCGCAUCGCACCGGCUUGGUGACGGUGCAUAACGAGCUGUACCAGCCGCCUGAGGAAAUGCUCGCGGCGCUGCAGAAGGACGACGAGGAUGACGAAGACACGCCGCCCGCAGAUGAAUCAUCAGCCUCCCCCUUCCUCACCGGCGACCCCGCCGCCGCCCUCGCCCCGCCUUUGAACCUCGAAUCUUCUAGCGGCUUAGAUGCUAUCCCGCUCCACCAGAUUCUGCCCUUCGACGCCGACCCCCCGCUCCUGCACGCCUUGCCCGCCCUGUCGCACCAGGGCUUGCUCUUCGCCGACGAGCAGGAACGCGAUGAUGCGGCGAGGGAGACGACACGCAAGUUUCGUCUGGCUAUCGGCGCGUGUGAGCCCGAGCCGGUGGGUGUGGUGAGGAAGGUGGUCGAGGGGAGUGCGAGGGAUUUGUUUUGUUUUGGGGGGGAGGGGGUGGGGGAUUUUGAGGGGGUGGGUGAUGAUGAAGGGGAGGAGGGUGGGGGGAAGGGGAAGAAGAAGGAGGAAGAGGGGGAGAAAAAGGAAGAGAGGAAGGAUGGGAAGAAGGUGUAUAUGGGGGAGGUGUUGGAGAGGCUGGAGGAGGACGUGGAUGAGGUUGGUGGUGGCAAGAGCGAGGAUGUGGUGGAAGAGAAGAAGGGUAAGCGACUGUGA